AUGGACAAACACAAUCGAACAAUACUGAAUGAAUUCAUCCUGAUGGGCAUCACCAGCCGCCCUGAACUUCAGGCUCCAUUGUUUGUGCUGUUCCUCAUCAUCUACAUGAUCUCAAUGGUGGGCAACUUGGGCAUGAUCAUCCUCACCAUGAUAGACUCCAAGCUACAAACACCAAUGUACUUUUUUCUUAGACACCUGGCUAUCAUUGAUCUUGGUUAUUCAACAACCGUGGGACCCAAAAUGUUGGUAAAUUUUGUUGCAGAUGAAAAUACAAUCUCCUAUUAUUUUUGUGCUAUACAGCUAACUUUCUUUAAUGUGUUCAUCGGCAGUGAACUGCUGAUUUUAUCAUCCAUGUCCUAUGACCGUUACGUGGCCAUCUGUAACCCUCUGCUGUACACCGUCAUCAUGUCCCAAAGGGCCUGCCAUGUGCUGGUGGCAAUCCCCUAUCUCUACUACACGUUUAAUUCUCUUCUGGUCACCAUAAAGAUUUUUAACUCAUCCUUCUGUGGCAAUACUGUCAUAAGUCAUUUCUACUGUGACUGUCUUGCCUUGUUAUCUUUGAUCUGUUCGAACAAGAAUGAAAUUCAAAUGACAAUAUUCAUCUUCGCAGCAUUUAAUUUAAUUGUAUCUAUUUUAGUAGUUCUUGUUUCUUACCUGUUCAUUCUUGCAACAAUUCUCAGGAUGAACUCUGCAGAAGGUAGGCGCAAGGCCUUCUCCACCUGUGGAUCUCACCUGACAGUGCUGGUAGUAUUCUAUGGAACUUUAAUCUUUAUGUAUGUGCAGCCCAAGUCUGGUCAUUCUUCUGAUACUGAUAAAGUGGCUUCGAUAUUUUACACCCUAGUUAUCCCCAUGCUGAAUCCUUUGAUCUAUAGUUUGAGGAACAGAGAUGUAAAAUGUACUUUGCAUAGGAUUUUGGAUCAU